AUGGCACAUUUACUUACCCACCUUGUCUUCCUCUUUGUUAUCUUCCAUUAUUCCAUCGCAACUGACACUUUGAACCCUAAUCAAUCUCUCCAAGAUGGCCAAAUCUUAGUUUCAGCCAAAGAAACCUUUGCUUUAGGCUUCUUCAGCCCUGGCCGAUCAAAGAACCGAUACGUCGGGAUAUGGUACAACAAGCUACGACCAGCAGGGCAAAAAACAAUAGUAUGGGUUGCCAACCGCCGCAGUCCAGUAUCAGGCACCAACGGAAGCUUGGAACUGAACGGCAAUGGAACUCUCACCAUCAACUCCAUAAUCUUCCUGCCCAUGCCCUCAGUGGCCCUUACCAAUCCGGUGGCACAGCUGUUAGAUGACGGCAACUUUGUUAUCAGAGAAGCCAACAGCAACGAGUUUGCUUGGCAGAGCUUUGACUACCCAACUGACACUCAUCUCCCAGGCAUGAAGAUUGGAUGGGACUUGAGAACUGGUCUUAACCGCAAUCUUACCUCUUGGAGAAAUGACGACGAUCCAUCUCCAGGUAGCUAUCAAGCAUCCAUAGACCUCAAAGGGAUUCCUCAAAUUAAUAUAUGGUCUGCAACUCAGGAGAAAUUCUGA